UAAAAGCAAAAUUGAUUCAGACUUGUAGAAACCGAAGUGAGAUAAAGAUAAACCGAUACCUUAACGCUUCUUUCGCCAAACCAAACGAAACUCCACUGCGGUUUCCCUUUCUUCUCUCUCUCUCUUCACCUCGUAACCGGAACAAGAAAAAUGGAAGUUGCGGCGGCGAAAGCGCUUAAACCAAGCCUUAGGACUGAGUCUGUUUUCUCCCAAGCAAUUUGCGACGAUAUUUUGUGCUUCAACGCCAACAACAUUGUUGUCGGUGAAGAUUUCUCCGUCGACGACCUCCUCGAUUUUUCCAAAGAAAUCGAUAACUACGAGAACGAGGAAGACGAGGAAAAAGAUUCCACCUCCGGUUCUUCGCAGUCGCAGGACCCAACAGAAGAUGACAGCAACUCUAAUUCCACCGCCGGAGGCGGUGACGACUCCGUUUUCGCCGGCGAGUUGUCAGUUCCGGCGGAUGACGUGGCGGACCUGGAGUGGGUCUCUCACUUCGUAGACGAUUCUCUCCCGGAGCUUUCCUUAUUGUACCCUGUCCGUUCGGAGCAAACGAGGAAAUGGGCCGAACCGGAACCUACACCGGUCCCGGACCAAGCCCAAGCCCAAACCCCCUCAGCCAUCCCCAGAAAGCCGAGAACCGGAACGAUUAGAAAGCCCAACGACCGUGUGUUGUCCUUUAACGCCUCGCUCCCGCCGCCGUUUUUGUGUUCUUCGGCUUUGGUUGGCUCUGUCAGGGGCAUGGUGUUUGGCGAGCCGGCGGCUAAAAAGCAGAAGAAAAGGGCCGAGGCCCAAACCGGUGGGGCCCAGUUUCAGCGACGGUGCAGCCACUGUCAGGUGCAGAAAACGCCGCAGUGGAGGACCGGCCCACUGGGCCCGAAAACACUCUGCAACGCUUGCGGGGUUCGGUUCAAGUCCGGUCGGCUUUUUCCGGAGUAUAGACCGGCCUGUAGCCCAACUUUCUCCGGAGAUAUUCACUCCAAUAGUCAUCGUAAAGUGUUGGAGAUGAGGCGCAGAAAGGAGAUGGCUGAACCGGUUACCGGCUCGAACCGGACUCAACUGGUCCCGAGCUGCUGAUUUUUUCUAGGGUGAAAAUUGAAAAUUGAAAAUUGAAAAAUGAAAAGUGGAAUAGGUUAUAGAUUACGUGUAGUAUAGGUCAACCAACCAACCAACCGGUUGAGCCGGUUUGAUAUUUGUAGCAUAGUUAGUGAUUAUUAAUGAUUUAAAUUAGUGGUAGUGUGACUAGUCAACUAGAGAGGUAAGGUAGUAAGGGACAUUAGGAAGGCAUUGAUUGUUUGUAUCCCAUUUUCCUAGCGCAGUUGAUUUAUUUAACGAGGUACUAUGAUUAAAUUGAGGAAGAAAAAUUUUUAAUUA